UUCGAUUUCUAGCUUGGACUUUUCCAUUUUUUUCUCACAUCAUUCCAUUGAGUUUUCUCGUGGGUGUAUCACAGUUACACUUCAUUUCCCCUCAAUGAGACAGAUUUAAACCAUGUCAGAACUAGUCCAAGACUCUACUAUGUGCAAUAAAACAAACAAAGACCCGUGUUGCACAGGGUCUGAAAACACCAUGCUGUUGCAACGACCGGCCCCUGUUAAGUGUCAAGACAUAAACCAUGUGCUGACGUCGGCAUUGAGGGACAUCCUUUCCCAAGACAAACUGUGCAUGACAACGGUGGAGAAUCUCAUCACCUCAAAGGGCAGCAAGGACCCCCACCAUGAGAGAUAUGUAGAAUGGUUGAACCAGGUUUGUAAAGAGAGAGAGAAGAGACUGUCCCAGAUCUCGAUGCUGGAACGCCAUCUGAUGCAGGUUCAAGCUCGGGUAGUCUCAGCAGAUGAAAGGAUGUUAAACACCUUUAAAAGUUUUGGAGGGCACGAGACCCUGGAUAUUCCCAAAGGAUUUUCCUGCUACCGGUCAUAUGUUAAUUCCAGGUUACUCAAAGAAAAUGGUCUGAUUGUUCCAGAUGAUUAUUUAAAAGAUGAAAUGACAGAGAUUUCCAAAAAAUUACUGAAGUCUCCAACCAAGAGAUUCUCAAGAUACAAGGAUCGAACAGCAUUACCUCAACGAGUCAGAAAUGACCCAAGUUAUCUGCAAACAACCGCAUCAUGGCUCCACCAUAAUUAUGAGAAAUCAAGGGUAUAUUCAGAUGCAUUAGCAAAGAAACUCUUUUCAUCAAGUCUUGAUAAAUUGAAUCUCUCAACUCCGGAUUUCUCUCUACCAGCUGCAAGGAAAAGUAUAACCAUCGUUGAAAAACCAAAUAUUCCAAGAAAGAGAGAGAGUAACCCCUUAACCAAUGGCCUCCAAUGUGAGAAGGACUUUGCAGAGCAGAUGUUAGCUCCAGUGAAUUUUCUGGUGAACCCUCGAAACCGUAAACUGAGUGACAAGCUCAAGCCUAGAUUACUGACAGAGAUUCCUGGAAACAAAAGUUGCCCAAGUUCUGUCGCUUCUGCAGAGGAACAAGUCAAAGAGUCUCCUCUCUUCCUGCCGACCCCUCGGAAAAUUCUCUUUACGGAUUACAGAAGCGGUGAGAUAUACGAGGCCAGACUGGAACUGAAGAACGUAUCGUCUGUACUUCGGCCGUGUCGAGUGAUUCCACCAGCAACCAAAUACUUUUUAGUUGGACUUGGCCAAUUCCCCAACGAACAGGGUCUGGUGGCGCCAGGGAUGAGCUGUAUCUACACAAUACGUUUUGCCCCCGACACCCUCGGCUCCUUCAAAGACGAACUGCAAGUGGUGACACAAUCUUCAACAAACAUCAUAGUACCACUCCUGGCCAAGAGACCACAUCCCAUUUUAACUCUUCCGUCUGUACUGGACAUUGGUUUCUGUCUUAUCGGCUGCAAACUGGUCACCCACGUGGUUAUAAAGAAUAUCGGGGGAAGUGGAUGCUUUUGUAUGAUGCCAGCUGAUUUGUGGAAUACAACUGCAUACAAGGCGUAUGCCCAGCAAGAGAAUAUUGGCAUGCCUCCCUUUUGUGUUGGACCUGCUACAUUUGGGAUGAGGAAAAAUUUGGUUGGAGUAAUAGAAGUGAGGUUUGAACCUCAAAUGGUUGGCAGAUAUAGCUGUAAACUGGCCAUUGUCUGUGAUAAUUGUGAGGUGAAAUACUUCACCAUCAUAGGCCAUUGUCAGAAAGCCAAAGUAAUGUUAGCGGAGCAUGAAGGUCUCUGUUCUAGGCCACUACCAAAUGAAAGCUAUGAUAGUUUGGCCCAUCAUCUUAUCAGGUUCAAAGACACAAAUGUUUACUCAUAUGAGCAGAAAACAAUUACAAUAAGGAACUGCACGAGCAUAGACUUUCCAUUUUUCUGGUUCCCAGUGAAACCAGAUUUUCAAAGAGGUAACGAUUUGAAACCAAACAAAAUUGCAGAGAAGAACAGCGCUUUCCGUGUCUUCCCAAACUGUGGUCGUUUAAAGGCCAAUGCUAAAAAGCAAUUUCAGAUAAUGUUUGCACCUGAAAAGGUAAGUCUUUCAUGUUAUGUGCAGCUUGAUGCACCAGUGUGCAUUUAUAUAAUGAGCAUAGACUUUCCAUUUUUCUGGUUCCCAGUGAAACCAGAUUUUCAAAGAGGUAACGAUUUGAAACCAAACAAAAUUGCAGAGAAGAACAGCGCUUUCCGUGUCUUCCCAAACUGUGGUCGUUUAAAGGCCAAUGCUAAAAAGCAAUUUCAGAUAAUGUUUGCACCUGAAAAGGUUGGUUCCUUCGACUGUGUCUGGCACAUGAUACUUGAAGAGCCACCAAGUCACAAAGAUUUUAUGAGUGAGAGCGUUAUUUUUUCUGAUCGCCGACACUCUCUUCAACUCCUGAAAAACAUUGAGAAAGAACUCCAGAAACGAAUGUCAUCAACUUUACUUGGAGAAGCAGCAGAUUUAAUGAUUGCAAUGAAAGGGAGAUGUGUACCUUUUGCUGUGCUCAUCCAACCGUAUGCCCUCUUCAUCCAUGAACCCAUUCUGAUUGGGUCAACUGAACAUAGACAAAUUCAGGUCACCAACAACAGUUGCAAUGAAAUUAGCUUUCAUUGGCAAUGCGAACACUCUGAUUUAUUUAUCAUCAAAAUGGAGCCAACAGAAGGAGUAGUUGAAACUGGAAAAACUGCAGACUGUCAACUGUGCCUUACUGGCUUAAAACCUGGGGAGAUCAACAUGCACUUAAAAUGUUACCUUGAAUACCAAGAGGAACCCAUUUGCUACCAUCUCCAGGCAUCUUUCAAGGGUCCUAAAGUUGUCGUUGAAAAUUCCAGCAUCGACUUUGGUCUUGUCUGUCUUGGAGACUGUGUAUUAAAAGAGUUGUGUCUUCAAAACAAGUCACCAGUGCCAGCUGAAUUCCACAUUGCAGAAAUCCCAGAACCAGAUACGCCUGUUGGAAGUCAAGCCCACCUGUGUGAAAUACAAAUCCUUCCGAACAGAGGAAUUAUCUCUCCAUUAAAAACGGAACCUUUUAAUCUGACUUUUUUCUCCAAGGAACAGAUGGUGUUUAACGAUGUAUUUGUUCGAUGUAAAGUAAUGGAAAUGCGCAAGUUUCUCUGUUUGGCCAUUACUGCUGACGUGAAGGGAUUAAUUAUACAAUACCAGGUAUCAAAAGACGGUUAUUUCAAUGAUGAAAGUCCUGAUGAUGAUGAACCUGUGGUAUUGGACUUUGGUGAGGAAGUAAUGGUGGCCACCAAACCGUGCUUGUAUCUCCGUAUCAAAAACGUCACUGAGAUCGAAAGUACCUACUCCGUAUCUGCUGAGAAAUUCCCGGUUGAUAAUUCUGUUUUCCAGCCAUCAAUGAAGGCACAGAGAAUAAAUGCCAAAUUACCAAAGCCGUUCACAUCUCCAUCGGCCAAGCGCACUGAUAAUGUUGGAGUCAGAGCUGAAGCAAAUCCAACACAGAUCAACGGAGCUGGUUUACUAAUUGAGCCACUCAGUGGUAAGCUACCUGCACUCAGCUACGUCAUCGUCAAGAUCACCCUCAUUUCAAGUAUGUGGGGUAACUACAGAGACAACUUGCUCUGUAAGACUGGGGACCUGGAUGUUGUACGUCUACCUGUUGUGUUCAACAUAGUGGGAAGUCCUCUCCGAUUCUUGAUAGUUGGCCCAGCAUCAAACGAGGAACCGAAAAUCCGGUUUGGUUUCUAUAUUGCUGGCAUGAAACCUGUUUGCCGGAAUGUCAAAAUUUACAACAACAGUGUCUUUGAUAUUCGAAUUGACUGGCGAGUUUACAACUUCUGCGAGGAUGAUCAACAAAUUAUUGAUCUGAACCUUUUCUAUGGGGACCCUUUCCCGCUUUUAGAGCCCAAUGGCAAAGAAAUUGUCUCAGCUCACACAGAUGUCCCCAAGAAUGACUCCUCCGAAGAGUCGGCAGCCAAUUCAGAAGGCCAGAGGGAGCGAAUACUAAACAUUACCUGCUCCCCCCACAUUGGGAUAAGCUCAGACGACCCAUUCCAUGUGAUGCCAAAACAAAUGAUUAUCAAAGGUAACAGUGAUGCAUCUCUGGUGGUGAUGUACAACACCCCUGCUUAUGAAACUUCCACCCAACCAUACAGCUACUUGUCCUAUGCUUGUGGCUUCUUUAGUCUGGACCAUAAUAUGCAGAAAAUAGAUUCUGAGAAAGGAAUUAUAAGACCUGAAGGUUGGGAUAAAUUGCCUUUGAAGAUUCAUUUGACAGCUGAUGUUUUGGUUGCCAGGCUAACUGUGGCAGAUUCUUCUGAUGAUCGUUUCUUGAAUGCAACUCUUGGAGAAAUUUUUUCCCUUGAUCAGGAACCUGAAGUCAAUCAGAAGAUCUACACAUUAGAACUCAUUAACGAGCUGGAAGCAGCUGUGAGCUUCAGCCUAAUUGUCAGUUCCCCUUUCUGCUUCUUGGAUGCAGAUAUUUAUACUGUCUUAUCUGAAACUAACAAGAUGCUUUCAAAACUCUUCACGCUUGCACCCCAGGGUGCCCUCUUCCUAAAAGUUGGAUUCCUAAUGAGUGAAAAACUGCUGCAAUAUUGGCAUCAAACGGAAUCGCAAUCGAUUUCUGAAUCUCAAGAAAGUGAAAGUGAUUUCCAGGACAUGCGAGUCUCCGUGGAGACCAUUAACGGGCAGAAAUGGUUGUAUUUCCGGCAUUUCCUCAAGAUAGAAUUUGGUAACUUAUCAGUACAGAAAGUUCCUAUAAAUGCAAGAAUUGCUCUACCGGAAGUGGUAGUCUCCACUGAUUUCAUUGCAUUCAAGACAUGUUUUAUUGGUCAACAGAAAUCCAAAGAAGUCACAAUCACUAACGUUUCACUCUCAAGGAGUUACCUUAUCAUUUCUUCAGAGAUUCGGUGCGCCUGCUGUGAUUCCAAUGUAUUUCUGGUGCAGCCGACCAGGAUCGAGCUGGAACGUUUCACCUGUAAUACUAACAAAUACAAGGCAAUAGUCACUGUGACCUUCAAACCACGAAAAGCGGGGUUUCACCACUGUGUGCUGACUUUAAAUGGGGUCAUGGGAGAAAAACCUAAAACAAUUGACUUGAAUGGUAUGGGUAGCCAUGAUGAGAGACAUCUUGUUUUGACCGAAAACAGAUAGUGACUGCGACCGGAAUGGAAAGGUUUUGGAGAGGAUUUUAAUGGAAGUUUAUCAACAGGGAUUUUGGGUGAAAAGGUCUGAUGGGAAUCUGCAAAGAAAAGUUUAAUGAAAAUUUUUUUUUUGAAAGAAGUAUUUAGAUGUAUUUGAAAGGUGUCUUUUGGAAAGAAGCUUUGCAGAAAUAAGUUGAAAAGGAUAUUUUUAAAAACAAUGCUGUACAAAGAAACUUUUGAACAUUAAAAAAAUAGAUAUAUAUAUAAUUCAAAAGAUUGUAAUUGUCUGCUUAUAAAAAAUUGUUAAAGUUUGAGUGUUGGCAUGUGGCCUGGUGGUUGGUAAGGGUGUUUGAACCAAGAACAUAAGGGCAUGGUUUUAAUUCCUGCACUAGACUGGACUGGACUGGAAGUGGAGUGGACAGUGCAUUGUAUCCUUAAGCAAGAUACUCUAUUUCACAUACCUCCAGCCUACUCAGAUAGUAAUGAGUACCAACCAGGUACUGGUGCAGCUCUCUCUCUCUCUCUCUCUCUCUCUCUCUCUCUCUCUCUAUGUGAAACAUGCUGGAGGUUCUGAGUUGAGGGUGAGAAACCCAAGAUGGUGUCUACGUCUACUUGUGACUAUACAGGUAACUGAGACAAUUAGCAAAACCAUGUUACUAGUUUGUAGUUGCUCACAACUGACAGCUGGUUUUUCUUGUAA